AUGAUCACGGACCAACCGAAAAAGAACAAUUUGAAUGCGGCAAUAAAAAAUGAUACCAUGUUUGACAUAACCUUGACUUGCAAUGCUAAUGAUACUAUAUGCUCCAAAGUCAAAAUUGCAUUUGAUACUGCUGCGCAAAUAAUUUCAUCAACGUUUAUUCUAAAUAGUCGAAUUUCUCUUAAUGCUUCUUAUAUAUCAUUCUGUAAUGGUAUUUCAAAUUGUCCUAAUGCGAUCAUUCUAG